GAUUCCUGUCACUUCUUAGAAUCCCUCCGUGGUGGCCAUGGCUCUGCCACCCUUCUUCACCCCAGGUCGCCAGGGCCCGCCGCUCCAGCAGCCGCCGGCUCCCGCUCCCUUCGGCUGUCCGCCACCGCCGCUACCCUCUCCGGCUUUCCCACCGCCUCUUCCCCAGCGGCCCGGCCCCUUUCCGGGGGCCUCCGCCCCCUUCCUCCAGCCCCCGCUGUCUCUGCAGCCCCGGGCCCCCGGAGAAGCCUCCCGCGGGGGCGGGGGCGGCGGCGGCGGCUCCUUCUACCAGGUGCCGCCACCGCCGCUGCCUCCCCCGCUGCCCCAGUGCCGGCCCUUCCUAGGGAACGACGCCGGUGAGCGCCCGCAGCCGCCGCCUCCAGGCCCGGGGCCGCCCUGGAGCCCGCGCUGGCCUGAAGCACCGCCGCCGUCCGACGUGCUCGGGGACGCGGCCCUGCAGCGCCUGCGCGACCGGCAGUGGCUAGAGGCGGUGUUCGGAACCCCGCGGCGGGCUGGCUGCCCGGUGUCCCCGCGCGCGCCCGCCGGCCCCAGCCUGGGCGAGGUGCGGGCCCGGUUGCGCGGGUCCCUGCGCCUGGUGCGGCGGCUGCGCGACCUGGGCCAUGCGCUGCGCGAGGCCGAGGCUGACGGCGUGGCCUGGGCACAGCUGCAUGCGGAGGCACAGCCGCUGCGCGCCGAGCUGGCCGAGCGACUUCAGCUCCUGACCCAGGCAGCCUAUGUGGGCGAGUCGCGGCGCAGGCUGGAGAGGGUCCGGCGCCGCCGGCUGCGGCUUCGCGAGAGGGCCCGGGAACGCGAGGCCGAGCUGGAGGCGGAGGCCACGCGGGCAGCGGAGCGCGAGCAGGAGAUUGACCGCUGGAGGGUCAAGUGCGUGCAGGAGGUGGAGGAGAAGAAGCGGGAGCAGGAACUUAAAGCUGCUGCUGAUGGUGUCCUAUCUGAAGUGAGGAAAAAACAAGCAGACACCAAAAGAAUGGUGGACAUUCUUCGGGCCUUGGAGAAAUUGAGGAAACUCAGGAAAGAGGCUGCAGCAAGGAAAGGGGUCUGUCCUCCAGCCUCAGCAGAUGAGACCUUUGAGCAUCACCUUCAGCGACUGAGAAAACUCAUUAAAAAACGCUCUGAAUUAUAUGAAGCUGAAGAGAGAGCCCUCAGAGUUAUGUUGGAAGGAGAACAAGAGGAAGAGAGAAGAAGAGAGUUAGAGAAGAAACAGAGGAAAGAAAAAGAGAAAUUUUUACUACAGAAGCGUGAAAUUGAGUCCAAGUUAUUUGGGGAUCCAGAUGAGUUCCCACUUGCUCACCUCUUGCAGCCUUUCCGGCAGUAUUACCUCCAGGCUGAGCACUCCCUGCCAGCGCUCAUCCAGAUAAGGCAUGAUUGGGAUCAGUACCUGGUGCCAUCUGAUCAUCCCAAAGGCAACUCCGUUCCCCAAGGAUGGGUUCUUCCCCCGCUCCCCAGCAACGACAUCUGGGCAACCGCCAUUAAGCUGCAUUAGUAAAGAUGCUCCAGGAGUGUCAUCCAGCCAAGGCUCUUUCCAGCUCUAAGUAUUAGUGACGCUACCAUCUUCUUGUACUGUAGUCUAAAUCACAACCUCUAAACUCCAUGUGGCAUUGCCCUACCCAGAAGUUACAUUUUCCUUCUGUCCUCUGUCCUGGCCAAGGUGCCUCUUGAAUCAGGAGAUUAAUAUGGUUCCUCAGGAAAGGACCUAGGUGAACUGAGGUUUUUACGACAGGCAGUGGCCUUGGUUCAUGAAAUUCGCCUCUGUUUUGAGGGGCUUGGUCCAGAUUGAUUUAUAAGUUUACUCUUAUCUUUCUUGUGUGCUGAUGGAUAAGUAUACGCUAUACACUCAUACCCUCGACACAGGUGUGCACUGGGUAGAUUUAGCAGUCCCUCCCCCAGUACUCCUUGUUAAGGCAAGCUUGAUGCAAAACCUCCUUACCUUUCUUACCCAGAGAGCCUCCUAACUUCCAGGAAGAAAGGUUAGAAAUGCUUUAUCUUCAGUUUUGUGAAUCCCACUUUUGGUGCAGCUAGAGAGGCUGGGCUGCCAGAAAAGCUGGUGGCCUUGUCUGGUAGUCAAGUGGAGAACUUGGAAAGCCUGAAGAGUACCUGUACCCAAACUGGAUUGUGUUUUAAUGGAUGAUGGCUGCAUUUUCCCCAUAUUAGAAGGAUCCUAAUGAAAGCACCUACUUUUUAAGUUCCUAGAGGUCUGGUUGUUGAGAACCUGCAAGGAUAAAAAUUAAUUUCCUUAUGGGAGUGGAACCUUGAUUAACCUCACUCAGUCACAUUGUGGGAGCUGGUAUAGUGGAAAUUGUGGAAUUUUCUUAGGAACUCAAGCUUCCAAAAAUAUACAUGUAGUUUAAGCUGGGGGAAAAGCAGAUAAAAAUAAUAAAAUUUAUUUUUUUAUACUCAUUAAUAAAUGCUGUUGUGCCUGGAGAUGAUCAGUCAUAUAACAUGUCAGGUUUUUUGUUUUAUUUUGUUUUCCUUUUUGUCAUUUAUUGUGUUAUUUAUAUUUCCAAAAAGCUAAAUAAAUAUCAUUUUUAGUUUGAGCCUUUGCCCCCAGUUUAUUGCCUCCCAAAUCACUACACACUCUUUCACAUUGACAAAAGACAUUUACUGCAAAGUUCAAAUUUAUUAACUAGGCAUUUGCUACUGGAAGGUGAAUCUCAAGCACCAAACUUUUUAUGCGGUAUCCAAUUCUGGAUAAGCAGGAAAGGACAUCUCAACUUUGGAAGUGAUUUCAUGUACUUAGAAGCUCUUGGGUACAAGAUGCUAACACAUUUGUCCCUUUUUUGUUGUUUCAUUUGCACUGUUAAGUUUAUAUAUUAUGCAUUACAGAGUUAACGGUAUGAGGGCCAGCACUCCUCUAAUGUGUUUCUAAGCUCAUAAACCUCAGAAUCUGAUGUGAUUAGCCUCACAUAACCCCGUAGGCCUGUGUGCCCUUUUGUUAUAAAUCUCCACCAUUUUCUGAUGAGAUGCAGGAAGAGUAGAAAUAAAAGAUGAAUUGUACAAUGUAUGUUUGGUGUCCAGACAGCCUUGCCACUAAGAUACCUGCAUUGAUGGGGUUAGGGAGUGUGGAGCAGGGACUCAGGAAAACUCAGGCAGCAGAACCCAAAGAAAAGAAAGCAUUUAACCUCAGGUGGAAAAAACCAUUCCCUCUUCCCUCUCAUUCAGCUUCUGCAAAGUUUUAAUA